AUGGCCACCUCAAACUUUUCGCCCUUCCACCUGGAUCCAGAUCACAUAUCUUGUAUCGGUGGCCGAACUGUCCAAACCUGUCGCGGCUGCGCCGGGAACGCUCCAAGAGGAGCAGUCUGCACAAGCUGCGAGGGCCGUGGCUUCAACAUUUCCAUCUGCGCACACUGUAAUCCGGCUGCUGCAGCUACAGCCGUUCGAUCUAGCAAUGCCGUCGCCUCGGCCACGGCAAACAUCACACCAGGGUCAUCGGCCCCUUCCUCUCCCGGCUCUUUGAGUCGCAGCCCAUCCACAUCAUAUCCAUCACAGCCCGAUCCAAGAACAAGCAAGGCUUGGAGAAGGUAUGGGAAGGGAAGGGACAGUACGAAUUGCGGACGAGUGGAGACCAAUACACCACGAAAUCUAUAA